UUCCUAGGAGAUGAAAGUCGCUUUAGUCAAGGGCACCCAGCGCAGCCCAGUUCAGACUUCUCUCUGGUCCCUGCCUUAAGGCAAUCCAUCUGUCUUAGAGAUUAUGCCACAGUCAGGCAUCCUGGUCACCCAGGAGCCUGCCCCACAGUCCGUGCAGGUCUGUGAUCUUCCCCCCAAGGUCUAUGAGAUCGAACGCAACACAGGGCCCUACAGCUCCUCAGGGUUGGCCACAGCUGGCUUCCGGACAGCAAAGUACCUAACAGAGGAAUGGUAUCAGAACAACUACACCCUCUACCAUGAGGCCUUUGCUGACCGUGACCACUCAGAGUGCAACCGGCAUGAGUCCAAGCAGCUGGCAGCUGAGACAGAGGCCCUGAGCCAGCGCACGCAGCAGGACUCCACCAAGAAGGUAGGGGAGAGACUACAAGACAUACAUUUUUGGAAGUCAGAGCUACAGAGGGAGAUCGAGGACCUCGAGACCGAGACUGACUUACUGAUUGGUCAGAAACUGAGGCUUGAAAGGGCUCUGGAUGCCACCGAAGUACCUUUCAGCAUUGCCACAGACAACCUGCAAUGCCGGGAGAGAAGACAACCUCCAGACCUGGUUAGGGAUGUCGUGGAAAUGGAGCUAUUGAAGGAAACUGAACUCAUCCGAAACAUUCAAGAACUUCUAAAAAGGACUCUAAUGCAGACCGUUAAUCAGAUAAGGUUGAACAGAGACCACAAGGAAAUUUGUGAAAUGGACUGGUCAGAUAAGGUCAAGACCUACAACAUCGAUGAGAUGUGUGCCCGUUACAACAACCAAAGCACCAACAUUCAAUUCUACCCUCACUCAUCCAAGUUUGAAGACAGCACCUCCACUCCAGAAACGUGGGCCAACUUCAGCCAUGACAACAUCUACCGGGCAGAACGGGAGAAGACGGCAUCCGUCAACCUGCGGCUCCUGAUUAACAACAUCCUCAAUGACACUGCCGAGGACCUCCGCCUACAGUGUGAUAAUGUCAACUUGGCCUUUGCCAAACGCUGUGAGGAGAUGGAGGGUGCCAAACAGCUGGAGUACCACCUAAAUAAAACACUCAGAGAAAUUAGUGACCAGGAAAACAACAUUGCAUCCCUCAAACAAGCCAUCAAAGACAAAGAAACCCCUCUGAAAGUUGCUCAGACAAGGCUUUAUCAGCGAGCUCAAAGGCCCAAUGUGGAACUCUGCCGGGACGCAGCACAAUUCAGGCUGACCAACGAGGUUGAAGAACUAAACAUGUCCAUCCAAGCCCUGAAACAGAAGCUACUGGAAUCAGAGCAGGCCCUGAGGAACCUGGAGGAUACUCGAAUGACCCUGGAGAAGGAAAUUUCCAUCAAGGCUAAUAGUCUGUUCAUCGACAGAGAGAAGUGCAUGGCACAACGCUCACGUUACCCCACCAUCCUCAGGCUGGCAGGCUACCAGUAGGGAUGCAAACCCUUCUUCCUAAAACCAUUUCAUCCCAAAGGAAGACUCACAGAGAGAUACUUGUUAGUCUUUAAAAAAAAAAGACUAGCCUCACAGUAUAAUAGAAAACUCUAGCUAUGCUAAAUAAAAUGUGUUUACUUUUUA